AAAAAUCCUGAGGACAGAAUCAGUCAGUCAGUUCCCCACACACCACCAUGAAGCAAUUAAGCCUACAUACUUUACUGAUAAUAUUCGUCGCUGUCUUCGAGUCUAAUGCGUUUAUUCGUCCUAGUAAUGGCCUCCGCGAAUGUCGUAUAAACUCAACUUUAACAGCACUAGAGGUGCUUCCAGGUGGAGGGUGGGAUAACCUGCGCAACAUAGACAUGGGACGGGUGAUGAACUUGAGCUAUUCCCAGUGCCAGACCACAGAGGAUGGACUUUAUCUUAUCCCAGAUGAAGUCUUUGUUAUUCCACGGAAAACAAGCGGAGUGGAAACUCACUCUGAGACCAUCAUGUCAUGGCUGGAACAGAAAAGCUCCACAUCAGGAUCCAUCAAUGCAGACAUUUCCUUCCCUCCUGUACUAAACGGAAAAUUCUCUGAAGAAAAUACACGCAUGAAAACACACCAAGUGAGAGGCAAUUCCGUAACAACACGAGUUCAGGUACGCAACCAUCUCUACACUGUUAAUGCAUAUCCUGACUUUACUCUGGACUCCCGCUUUGCUCAGCAGAUAGUGGAAAUCGCAGACGCUACUGAGAACAAUCAAACGCGUCAAGUAAAUUAUCUGUCAGAGAAACUCAUACUUGAUUACGGUACCCAUGUCAUCACAAGAAUCGAUGCCGGUGCCACUUUGGUCCAAGAAGACUAUAUAAAAAGGUCUUAUGUCUCUAACAGUGAGUCAGACCAGACUUCUGUCUCUGCAUCAGCAGGCUUGAACUUUUUUAACAAGGUAAACUUUAACUUUGGUAGCAAGGAAACCCAGGAAACCUCUCAAACCCUCAGUUACCAGCAAAACAUUACAUAUUCUAUAGUUCAGAGCCAUGGUGGGGCUUUAUUCUACCAAGGCAUCACUUUGCAGAAGUGGCAAGAGAGCACGCAAAACAACCUUGUGGCUAUUGACCGUUCUGGUAUGCCACUGCACUAUUUCCUCAAUCCAUCCGCAUUUCCUGACCUUCCAGCUCCAACUUUACAAAAACUGGCCUUGUCAGUCCAAAAGGCUGCAGAGCGCUACUACAAUAUAAACACCAUUCCAGGAUGUGUAGAUCAAAAUUCCCCAAACUUUAACUUUCAGGCCAAUGUAGAUGACAAAUCCUGCGAAGGUCCUGUCACCAAUUUGACCUUUGGUGGAGUUUACCAAAUAUGCACUCCAUCUGCGGCUGACGGAAAUGUCAUCUGUGACGAGCUCGCGCAAAAAAAUUCAAAUACUGGUGAUUAUUCUUGCCGCCAACCGUAUGCUUCCUUUUUGUUACACUCAGAGACAGUAGAGCAGAGUUACAAUAAAUAUGAGUGCCAUAAGAAAUGCCAUUCAUGCUGGUUAAUUUUCGAUUGUUGUGACAAUGUAUGUGGAAAUGCUUACUACGUCCGUAGUGCAAAAAUUGACACUUACUGGUGUUCCACAAAUCAGACAGUCCCUCCAUACUCUGGAUACCUCUUUGGAGGUCUAUUCGGACAAUCUUUGCAAAACCCAUUGACCAAAUCUCAUGACUGUCCUCCUAAUUACUUUGCACAAGUAUUUUUGACUAAUGGCAUGAUGAUUUGUUUGAGCAAUGACUACGAGGCAGGAACAAUAUCUUCUGUGCCUUUUGGGGGUUUCUUUAGCUGCCAAUCUGGCAACCCUCUUGCAAGGGGUGAAUACCGUUGUCCACCUCAGUACAGCCAACAUCUUGCUGCCAUUAGUGAUGGCUGUCAGGUAUUGUACUGUGUCCAAUCAGACGAGUUUACUGGUGGCCAGUUAAAACCUAUUCGCCUCCCACCAUUCACAAAACCACCUCUGGUCAACAUGAUGGCGACAAACACUGUGGCUGUGAUGACAGAAGGUGAUCGGGCUUGGGUAAGGGUUGGAGAAACCAAACAAUGGAGACUAGCAAAACCUGGUGAAGUCAAUCAAAUGACCACAAUGUUCGAAUCGUCGUCUACCCGGAUGUCAGGAGGGGAAAAGGCUGGUGUAGCCUGUGGUGUAAUGACUGUGAUCGCUGUUGUGAUGGCAGGAAUUGUCCUCUUAAUGAAACGAAGGAGGAGGUUUUCUCACUUCAGGUCAAGCAGGGGGUAUGACGAGAUCCACAAUGAUGGACAAAGUGUUGUAGAGAGUCAGAGAGAGCAACAGAUUACAAAUGAAGACCCUACUCAAGCUCUAUUGCAUUAGUCUUGUUGCAGAUUUGUAAAAGCUUGAUCAGCUUUUAAUCACAUUUCACAAUGAUUAGCAUUUGUUGAUAGGGAAUAUAUUGAUGUGGUGGUAUUUACAAUACAGAUGGUGUCAAUUAUUAAGUAUUUGUACAUUAUUCUGAUCAAUGUGUUUUAAUGAGAAUAUAUAUGUGGUUAAAUUUGUUCAGACUGUUUAAUUUGUUAAAACUGGUUUUGAGAGUGUUUUAUUAUGACUUGACAAGUCACGUGAGUCAGGUCAAGUCUGGUUUUGUAUUUAGCCUGGUUUUUGUUAUUGUUCUUUUUUAUAUUUGAAUAAAAAAAAUCAUCUGGGUGAAAGUGGAAA